AUCUUCUACAUCGGCGCGGACAUCAGCGAGAUCUUCUACAUCGGCGCGAUCUUCCACGUCAGCGAGAUCCUCUACAUCUACAUCGGCGCGAUCCUCUACAUCAAGAAGGCAGUGGACAACUACAUCGCGAACAACCACAUCAAGCAGAAGAUGAUGAUCUACAUGCUGGAGAAGCCCUACGCGCACUACGACGUCAAGGCGAACGAGUUUCACAUCAACGUGGACAUCAACGCGGAGGACUACAUUGUGCGGGCGAUGACGAUCUACAUCACGGAAACGAACGGGAACUACCACAUCGAGCAGGCUAUCAACUACAUCGUCAUGGUGAUGGACCUCGCGGCUCCAACGAUCCACAUCGUGAUGAGUUGGAUCUUCGCGCGUACCGCACGCGCCGUGCUAACGACCUCGGCUAUGCUGAUCAGCGGGUUCUGGUGGCAUCAAGGUUCGGCUACGCUUUCCAUCUACCCAGCUGUAGUUCUGUCAAGAAGGAUGCCAAAGUCGUUGGCAACAUGUCGGUGA